AUGGGAUUAUUCCCUCAAAUCAACAACUAUGUUCAUUUGCGUCGUUGUUUGCACACAACAUUGGGAAGAUUGUCUUCAGUUCCUAUGAGCCAGCAUGAACCAAAGACCCGACUUCCUUAUGAAAAACUUGCUACUAAUUUGGAAAUUGUGAAGAAAAGACUUAAUCGACCUCUUACACUUGCUGAGAAGAUUGUUUAUUCCCAUCUUGAUGACCCUAAAGGACAGAAGAUUGAACGUGGAGUGAGCUAUCUAAACUUAAGACCCGACCGUGUUGCUAUGCAGGAUGCGACUGCCCAGAUGGCUUUGCUUCAAUUUAUUUCUUCUGGGAUCCCUACAGUGCAGGUUCCGUCGACCGUACAUUGUGACCACUUAAUUCAAGCUCAAGUCGGAAGCGUAAAAGACCUUUAUAGAGCAAAGGAAAUCAACAAAGAAGUCUUUGAUUUCUUGGCCAGUGCUUCUAAUAAAUAUGGUGUUGGAUUUUGGCAACCUGGUGCUGGAAUCAUUCAUCAAGUUGUGCUUGAACAUUAUGCUUUUCCUGGGUUAUUGCUCAUUGGAACAGAUUCUCAUACUCCGAAUGGAGGUGGCCUUGGUGGUGUCUGUAUUGGAGUUGGUGGUGCUGAUGCUGUUGAUGUAAUGGCAGGUCUUCCAUGGGAGUUGAAGUGUCCAAAUGUAAUUGGAGUGAAGCUAACUGGAAAGCUUUCGGGAUGGACAGCGAGCAAAGAUAUUAUUUUGAAAGUAGCCGAUAUUCUCACUGUGAAGGGAGGAACUGGCGCUAUUAUUGAGUAUUUCGGUCCUGGAACAGAAUCUCUAGCAUGUACUGGAAUGGGCACCAUAACGAACAUGGGAGCAGAGAUUGGCGCAACUACAUCAAUCUUUCCAUUUACUCAAUCUAUGGUAAUUGAAAUAAAUUUGGAUGAAUUGGUCCCUCAUGUCAACGGGCCUUUUACACCUGAUUUGGCCCAUCCAAUAGAUAAACUUGGUCAACACGCAAAAGAAAAUGAAUGGCCUUUGGAUAUCAAAGUUGGACUGAUUGGCUCUUGUACAAACAGUUCAUAUGAAGAUAUGGCUAGGUCUGCUAACAUUGCAAGACAAGCUUAUAAGAAAGGCAUGAAGCUAAAACCAAUUUUUACUGUAACUCCUGGAAGUGAGCAAGUUCGCGCUACAAUUGAGCGUGACGGUUUUAUCAAAGAUUUUGAAAACAUUGGCGGUAUUGUUCUCGCAAAUGCUUGUGGACCUUGUAUUGGACAGUGGGAUAGAAAGGAUGUUAAGAUGGGAGAGAAGAACACAAUUGUUAGUUCUUAUAACCGAAACUUCACUGGACGCAACGAUGCGAAUCCUGCCACUCAUGCUUUUGUAACCUCGCCAGAAAUGACGCUUGCUUUGACUUUGGCUGGAACUUUAGACUUUGACCCGCGUCGUGACUAUUUGACAGCGCCAGAUGGAACCAAAUUCAAGCUUGAAGAACCCAAAGGAGAAUGUCUUCCAGAGAAAGGGUUUGAUCCUGGCACUGACUUGUAUCAACAACCAAAAUUUUCUGGCGAUGUAGUGGUUGAUCCGAAAAGCAAUCGACUUCAGUUAUUGAGUCCAUUUGACCCUUGGGAUGGAAAAGAUUUGACUGAUAUGGUUAUCUUGAUUAAGGUCAAAGGAAAGUGUACAACCGAUCAUAUAAGCGCUGCUGGACCAUGGCUAAAAUAUCGUGGACAUUUAGAUAAUAUUUCGAAUAACUUGUUCCUCACGGCAAAGAAUGCGGAGAAUGAUGAAUUGAACAAGGUUCGCAAUCAGUUAACUGGCGAAUGGGGACCAGUUUGUCAAACUGCAAGAGACUACAAAGCAAAAGGCCAGGCAUGGGUUGCUUUCGGUGAUGACAACUACGGAGAGGGCUCUUCUCGUGAACAUGCCGCACUCGAACCUCGUCAUCUCGGUGGAAGGGCAAUUAUUGUAAAAAGCUUUGCUCGAAUUCAUGAAACGAAUUUAAAGAAGCAAGGGCUUUUGCCACUAACUUUUGUAAAUCCUGCCGAUUAUGACAAAGUUCGUCCGGACGACCGAGUUUCCCUUGUCGAGCUCAACACUCUUGCUCCAGGCAAAAAAGUCAAGUGUGUGCUUAAACAUAAAGAUGGAAGCAAAGAUGUUAUUGAACUCCAACAUACUCUUAAUGAGGGUCAGAUAGAGUGGUUUAAGGCAGGUUCUGCGCUCAAUCGGAUGAAGCAAUUGAAAGCGAAUAAAUAA